CCCACAUCCUUGCUUGUUCUGCCUACUAUGGUCUAUCUUGAGUUACUUAUACAACUCUUUGGUUGCACGCUCGCUCCUCUGGGCGUCACAAACACAUUGGGAAACGUAUAUGUCUGUGCAUUAUUAUAAACGAUAACGCAUAUCGCUUAAGUUACGUUGCCUAACUAGCUACAGUAGUCUUCUUUAAAACAUACAGAAUAUGUGCACAUGAAAGUAGAGGAACACGUUUUGAUGCUUGCUUCCUGCCCGCGUUUGCUACUUGGCUAGCUAACGUUAGCUACUUUGGUUUGUACAGCAAGAAGCUAGCUAUCUAUCUGGUAUGGAAUCCAUUGAAUGCACACUUGGCUGUCCAAAUACCUCUAAAAUCAAUGAGGACUUGGUCAAAGAUGAUUUUACACCCUCGAAGCUCGGAACGAGAGAAUACUGGGAUGAUGCGUACCAGAGGGAAUUGCAGACGUUUAAAGACAUUGGGGACGUCGGUGAGAUAUGGUUUGGAGAAGAGAGUAUGGACCGUGUGCUGCGGUGGAUGGAAAAAGAGGAAAUCCCAGAAGACGCUGCUAUACUUGAUAUUGGCACAGGGAAUGGUGUCCUCUUAGUAGAACUGGCCAAAAGUGGAUACACAAAUCUCACAGGAAUAGAUUAUUCUGCUGCCUCUGUUAAACUUGCAAGAAGUGUACUGCAGACAGAAAACUUUUCUAAUGUGGAGGUCAAGGUGGUGGUGAAUGUGUGGCUGAUUGGCUCACCCCAGAGGUCUAGUGUUCCAUGGCCUAUAAGGAUAAGAGGUCUUUCAAUGGUGGAGGUGGACUUCUUGAGCUGUUCUGGAGAGUUGAGCGACUUUGACGUAUGCAUCGACAAGGGCACAUUUGACGCCAUAAGCCUGAACCCAGAGAACACUGAGGAGGGCAAAGCAUGUUACAUUCAAUCCCUGAGAGGGGCACUGAAGGAGGAGGGGCUGUUCGUCAUCACUUCCUGCAACUGGACUAAGGAACAGCUACUACAGAUGUUCAGCCAAGGGUUUGAUUUUGUGAAAGAGCUACCAACACCCCGCUUCCAGUUUGGUGGCAAGACUGGCAACAGUGUGACCGCAAUAAUCUUCAAACGACUACACUGACUUUUGCCCUCAAGCAAAACAGCAUUCUGAAAUGUUGUUUUUAUGGACUUAUUCCUCAAUUUAAAAGUUUGUGAAAUGUUUUUGAGAGAGGACAACAACAACAAUCAGUAUUCCACCAAAUAAAUACAUGUUAUUUUUCUUGCA